GCGGGGGGAGGAGUGGGGGGGCAGAAGAUGGCGGAGGGUCGGCAGCGGCGGCAGUGAGCAGUGAGCAGCGGCUGAAUCAUCCUAUCCUGCCUCCGUGUGUAUAUGUGUGUGAAAUAAAACCGCAGACCGGCACCGUGACAGGGGCCGUCUAGCGACAGCAUCCCACCCCCUUCUUUCUCGUAGAUUACUGUUAUUUUUUGCUCUCCUUGAGGGGAAAUUGAAUUGAGUCACAGUCAGGUGAUAUUUUUUUUAAUUUCCAGAAUAUUUCCCCCUCCCACCUUCCCCCAUACAAGCUCUCCAUCAUUUUAGUUUCGCGUGUGUGUGGAGGAGGAGGAGGAGGAGAGAUGGCGAGCGAGAAGCCGACGGCGGGAGGAGGAGGCGGCCCGGAGCUCGGCACCAGGCUGCGGCCGGCGGUACCGGCCCCGGGAGGAGGAGGAGGAGGAGCGGCGGUGGCCGGUGAGGGGGUGGGCUCCGUCGUCUCCCUGUCUGGCAUCAACCCGUCCGUGCCCAUCAGGAACAUCAAGAUGAAAUUCGCCGUUGUCAUCGGGCUGAUCCAGGUCGGGGAGGUCAGCAACAGGGACAUCGUGGAGACGGUGCUCAACCUGCUGGUUGGCGGAGAGUUUGAUUUGGAAAUUAACUUCAUAAUUCAGGAUGCAGAGAGUAUUGCGUGCAUGAUUGAACUUCUUGAACACUGUGAUGUCACCUGCCAGGCAGAGAUUUGGAGUAUGUUCACAGCUAUACUACGCAAGAGUGUGCGCAACCUUCAGGCCAGCACAGAGGUUGGUCUUAUUGAGCAAGUGCUACUGAAGAUGAGCAAAGUGGAUGACAUGAUAGCAGAUCUGCUGGUUGACAUGUUGGGUGUUCUAGCGAGUUAUAGUAUUACGGUCAAGGAACUCAAACUGCUUUUCAGCAUGUUGCGUGGAGAAAGUGGAUUCUGGCCAAGACAUGCAGUUAAAUUGCUGUCAAUUCUGAAUCAGAUGCCACAAAGACAAGGCCCGGAUACAUUUUUUAACUUCCCUGGACGAAGUGCAGCAGCCAUUGCUUUGCCUCCAAUUGCUAAGUGGCCUUAUCAAAGUGGUUUUACGUUAAAUACCUGGUUUCGCAUGGAUCCACUGAAUAAUAUAAAUGUGGACAAGGACAAGCCAUAUCUCUAUUGUUUUCGAACAAGCAAAGGAGUUGGCUAUUCAGCACAUUUUGUUGGAAAUUGUUUGAUUGUGACAUCAUUGAAGUCAAAAGGAAAAGGUUUCCAGCAUUGUGUGAAGUAUGAUUUUCAACCUAGAAAGUGGUAUAUGAUCAGCAUUGUGCACAUCUACAAUCGUUGGAGGAAUAGUGAGAUUCGUUGUUAUGUCAAUGGUCAGCUAGUUUCCUACGGAGAUAUGGCUUGGCAUGUCAAUACCAAUGAUAGCUUUGACAAAUGCUUUCUGGGAUCUUCAGAAACUGCAGAUGCAAAUAGAGUAUUCUGUGGGCAGCUUGGAGCAGUCUAUGUAUUUACAGAGGCACUUAACCCAGCACAGAUAUUUGCAAUACAUCAGUUGGGACCAGGAUACAAGAGUACCUUUAAAUUUAAGUCAGAGAGUGACAUCCACCUUGCUGAACAUCACAAGCAAGUAUUGUAUGAUGGGAAGCUGGCUAACAGUAUUGCUUUCACGUAUAACGCCAAAGCAACUGAUGCACAACUCUGCCUUGAGUCAUCACCAAAGGAAAACCCUUCAAUUUUUGUACAUUCUCCACAUGCACUAAUGUUGCAGGAUGUAAAAGCAAUUGUGACGCAUUCGAUCCACAGCGCAAUCCAUUCUGUCGGUGGUAUUCAGGUUCUUUUCCCACUCUUUGCACAGUUGGACUGCCAACAGCCAAAUGACGCUCAAGUAGAGACUACAGUCUGUGCAACCCUUUUGGCGUUUCUGGUUGACUUGCUGAAGAGCUCAGUAGCCAUGCAAGAGCAAAUGUUGGGUGGAAAAGGAUUUUUAGUAAUCGGUUACCUCUUGGAAAAGUCAUCUAGAAUCCACAUAACACGUGCUGUCCUUGAACAGUUUUUGUCCUUCGCUAAAUACCUGGAUGGCUUGACCCAUGGAGCACCUUUAUUAAAACAGUUGUGUGAUCAUAUUCUGUUUAAUCCUGCUAUUUGGAUUCAUACUCCCGCGAAGGUACAGCUUUCGCUAUAUACUUAUUUGUCUGCUGAAUUCAUUGGUACAGCUACUAUCUACAGUACUAUCCGUAGAGUGGGCACUGUACUGCAGCUAAUGCACACUCUGAAGUAUUACUACUGGGUGAUUAAUCCAACGGAUUGCAGUGGUAUCUCUUCCAAGGGCCAAGAUGGUCCUCGUCCAACUCAGAAAGAAAUUAUUUCAUUGAGGGCUUUUAUGCUGCUAUUUUUGAAGCAACUAAUCUUAAAGGAUCGUGGUGUCAAGGAAGAUGAACUUCAGAGUAUUCUGAACUAUCUGUUGACCAUGCAUGAGGAUGAAAACAUUCACGAUGUUCUGCAAUUGCUGGUUGCAUUGAUGUCAGAGCACCCUGCAUCCAUGAUCCCUGCUUUUGAUCAACGAAAUGGAAUACGGGUUAUUUACAAAUUGCUGGCAUCUAAAAGUGAAAGCAUCCGUGUCCAAGCGCUAAAGGUUCUGGGAUACUUCCUCAAGCAUCUUGGUCAUAAGAUUCAUUUGGAGUGUAAAAGCACAAGGAAAGUGGAGAUCAUGCACACCCACAGCCUGUUCACCUUGCUUGGGGAAAGACUAAUGCUUCACGCCAAUACUCUGACUAUAACAACAUACAACACACUUUAUGAGGUAAGACCUCGAACAAGAGAGUACUUGAAGUACUGUAACUGAUCAGAGAAGUAUAUAUUGUGUAUAUUA